GAUAAUAUCAUUCGAUAAUAUCAAAAUGGCCUCCUACGGCAAACUCGACGAGCAUGAACAAGCCAAACUCGAGGCAAGUCGAAGGACGAAAAAGAGAAUCGCCAUUAUCGCUAUAUCUUCCAUCGUCCUCGUCUGCAUCGUGGUAGGAGCAGUCGUCGGCACCGCAGCUAACAGUAGCGGCAAGAAACCGUCGUCAACGGAGGGUAACGGUAACGGAGAUUCAAUCUCCGUCUCGGUGAAAGCCGUGUGCGACGUUACGUUACACAAAGACAAAUGUCUUGAGACCGUUGGAUCCGCUCCAAACGCGAGCACACUAAACCCUGAGGAGCUAUUCAACUACGCUGUCCAAAUCACGCUCACGGAGCUCACAAAAGUCCUUAACGGAUUCUCCGACAACAAACACACGGACAAUGCCACGUCAGCAGCGAUGGGAGCUUGCGUGGAGCUUAUCGAGCUAGCCGUUGACCAACUCAACGAGACAAUGACGUCACUCAAAGACCAUACGACGUCGUCCACCAAGAGUGUUGCGGAUCUCAGGACGUGGCUUAGCUCCGUUGAAACGUACCAAGAAACGUGCAUGGAGGCAUUGGUCGAAGCUAACAACCCUAACACGACGACGUUUGGAGAGACGCAUUUGAAAAAUUCCACGGAGAUGACGAGCAAUGCGCUAGCGAUCAUAACGUGGCUAGGGAAAAUCGCUGACUCGAUUAAGCUUAACCAUCGUCGUUUACUGGCGACUGCUGAAGCUGACUUGCCGAUGAUGAGUGCUAGGGGACUUUUGGAGAGUAGUGAUUUAAGGAAGAUAGCGAACAUUGUGGUGGCGCAAGAUGGGUCAGGGAAGUAUAGGACGAUAAGUGAGGCUUUAGUGGAAGUGGAAGAGAAGAAUGAGAAGCGUACGAUAAUUUAUGUGAAGAAAGGAGUUUACGUGGAGAAUGUUAGGGUUGAGAAGAAGAAAUGGAACGUUGUGAUGGUUGGUGAUGGACAGAGUAAGACUAUUGUCUCUGGUGGACUUAACUUUAUCGAUGGAACACCAACUUUCCAAACGGCCACAUUUGCUGUCUUCGGAAAGGGAUUCAUGGCUAGGGACAUGGGUUUCCGAAACACUGCUGGUCCAGCCAAGCACCAAGCCGUAGCUCUUAUGGUGAGCGCAGACUUAUCUGUGUUCUACAGAUGCACCAUGGAUGCUUUUCAAGACACGAUGUACGCUCAUGCACAACGUCAGUUUUAUCGAGAGUGUGACAUCUUUGGAACAGUCGAUUUUAUAUUCGGAAACGCUGCGGUUGUUUUCCAGAACUGCAACAUUUUACCUCGUCGUCCUAUGAAAGGCCAGCAAAACACCAUAACCGCUCAGGGAAAGAAAGAUCCGAACCAAAACACUGGAAUCUCUAUCCACAAUUGUACCAUCUUGCCUUUGGAUGACUUAACUGAUGUUCAAACGUUCCUAGGCCGGCCUUGGAAAGAUUUUUCUACCACGGUGAUCAUGAAGUCUUUCAUGGACGGAUUUAUCAACCCUAAAGGGUGGUUACCGUGGGUAGGAGACAAUGCUCCAGACACUAUCUUCUAUGCCGAGCACUUAAAUUUUGGGCCAGGAGCCUCCACGAAGAACCGAGUUAAAUGGAGAGGGUUGAGGACGUUUUUAACAAAGAAGGAAGCGAAUAGGUUUACAGUUAAACCUUUCAUCGACGGCAAAAAGUGGUUACCGUCGACCAAAGUUCCAUUCAAAUCUGAUUUUUGAUUCUUUUUACCUGAAAUGCCUGUCGUUCUUUAAUUUUUUUUAACGAACAUACAAUUUCUCCUUCCAGUUUUCAUGUGUUG